UCCAGUUGGCAGAGUAGUGCGCUCCAUAAGCAGUUUCAGCAAUACAACAAGGAUUUUGCAUAACGAUGAAAGACAUCACCGACCGACUUGCCAGUGACAUCCACGUUCGAAAUGGACCGAACAUGCAGUGAACAUGACAUGGAAGCCACAUUUGUCAGCCACAAGAGGCUUGCGCAAUAGUGGCGCUAACUUCGAAAGCGGCAUGGAAGGUCUCGAACUGCAACCAGGACAUACAAAGUAGCACUUCUUUACGUUCUUAGUGAGUCGGUACUAUUGUCUUCACAACAUGGCAGAAGUAGCCGUGCCAGCUUUUAAGAAACGAACGAACAAGACUUCGAAUAUCCGCAAGCGACCAGCAACGCCGCCGCCAGAAGACUCAGGCUCAGAUUCUGAGCUUACAGAUGACGAGCAAGGCACACGUGUGAAGCGUCGAAAGAAGACCGGAGUCGCCGUCGCAACAGAUGCUCGGAGAGGUCCGUUAGAUCUUAGCAAAAGUACGGCUUUCGAGGCAGAUCGCGCAAAGGUAAUUACGGCGAGCGAAGAUGCCACGAAGACUUCCAAUUGGUACACAGGGGCAGACAGUGCAGAGCGCGCGAGAGGAGUCGCUAGACUGAGGCAAGAAGAUACAACACAAGAAGAUACGGAUGGAACGUACAAAGGCGCAGCGGGGUACUCAAAUUUCAUCCAGAAGAAUGCCGAUGCGCCUGGCAGACAGGUUGGACCUGUAAAGGCGCCUGCAAACGUUCGAACCAUCACCGUCACGGACUUUGCGCCGGACGUCUGCAAAGACUAUAAACAAACAGGCUUCUGUGGGUUUGGCGACAGCUGCAAGUUCCUGCACGCACGCGAGGACUACAAGCAAGGAUGGCAACUGGACAAGGAGUGGGAGAAGGUAGGCAAGGACAGGAAGCCUGGCUCCGCGAAGAAGGGCGACGAUGCUGCAGAUGACGAGGAGAAGAUGUUGGAGAGUAUCCCGUUCAAGUGUAUCAUCUGCAAGGACGACUACCAGCGGCCGGUUGUGACGCGGUGUGGGCAUUACUUCUGCGAGAAGUGUGCGAUGACGCGGUAUAUGAAGGAGAAGAAGAAGACGUGCGCGAAUUGCGGAGCAGAUACUGGAGGCACGUUUAAUGUUGCGCGGAAACUGAAUGAUUUGUUAGGGAAGAAGCGGAAAGGGGAGGAGGCGAAGGAGGAGGAGCAGGAAGGUAGCUGAGCAGUCUACAUGAUCAGAUUGCCAAAGUAUUCAAGCCAGUGCUUUGCAGCUGCUUCCAUC